AUGUGGCCAUAUCCUUUUAAAGCACUGGUUACAAUCAGGUAUUUUUCAUCUAAAUCUAAUACACACUCUUUUACAGUGUCAUACCUCAUCAACUCAUGUGGCUUAUCCUCACAAUCUGCUAAACGUGUUUCAAAGUACGUAAAUUUUGAAAACUCCGAAAGACCAGAUGCUGUCAUUAAUCUUCUCAAAGACUAUGGACUCACCAAAUACCAGAUAUCUCAAGUUAUUAGGGGACAGCCCAAGUUGAUUUUAUUCGAUCCCGUGAAGACAAUAUUACCAAAGAUUCAAUUUUUACGUUCUAUUGGGGUUUCUGACCUUCCGGUGAUGAUAUCUAAGAACCCAGUUUUCUUGUCUGGCAGCUUGAACAAUCUUUUGAUCCCAGUUUAUGGUCUUAUUAAAAGUUUGUUAUUUUCUGAUGAGAAAGUGCUUAUUAUAUUGAAACGCAUAUCAGCAUUCAACAUGUGCUAUGUCAAGGAACACUUGCCUGUUAAUUUAUCAGUCUUAAGAGAGCUCGGAAUGCGUCAAUCUACCAUCUCUAUUUUGAUUACCAAUUGCCCCAACGCUGUAUGCGCAAAUUCUGAAAGGUUUAGUGAAGCUAUUAAAAAUGUUGUAGGUAUGGGAUUUGAUCCUCGGAAUAUUUCAUUUGCCAAUGCUCUUCGAAUGAUAAUGCAAAUGAAAUCCAAAACAUGGAAACAAAAAAUUGAUGCUUUCAGUAGGUUGGGUUUUUCGGAAGAAGAAAUAUGGUCUGUCAUCAAAAAGCGUCCACUGUGUAUGGGUUACUCAGAGAAGACAAUUAUAAAGAAGAUAGAUUUUCUUGUGAACAAAAUGGGUUGGCAGCCUGCAAUUAUUGCAAAAUAUCCAGUUGUUUUAUGUUAUAGUUUCGAGAAGAGGGUUGUUCCAAGGUGUUCAGUUGUAAGAGUUUUGAUUCUGAAGGGUUUGAUCAAACCAGACAUCAGUUUAAAAUAUAUUCUUCAAUCUUCUGAAAAAAAUUUCUUGGACAUGUUUGUGAUCAAAUAUCAAGAACAAGUACCUGAAUUGUCAGAUGUUCUCCUGGGGAAAAUUGAUAUUGUUGAACUUGGUUUGAGUUUGAUGAAGAAUUUGGGGGAUUCAUUUGUAAAGCAUACUGCAGUUUAAUGUAAACUGGACACAACAUUGCAUUAGCUUGACUGAAAUGAGGUUACUUUAUCUAAUUAACUUGUAAUAGGUUUCUUACCAAUCAGUUAUUGGUUAUUUUGUAGUGAAGAAUAGAGAGAAGGAUGAAUGACAUUUUGAGCAAUGUCUGCUAAGUGUUUUUUCUCAAGGAUACUCUGAGACCAUGGGAUGCGCUUGAAUGAAGCAUAAUGUAUAUUACUUGAUCUUAGAAAAUGUAUUUUACUUUUUGAUUAACUUUUAAAACAGUUGUUUAUUGUUUUUCAUAUUAAGUGGAUCAAUUUUAGAUUUUAUGAAUUGCUUCUCAA